CUUUUGAAUUUAGUGCGCAAUACAUCGAAGUUACAGACCUCGGAACAGCAAAAUAACAUGAAUAUGUUGACCGGCAACACAUUCAAUCCAGACCAAGAUAUUCCUGACCUCAGUGGAAAGGUCUAUGUUGUCACUGGUGGCUCCGCGGGGAUAGGUUUUGGCAUCGUAGCGCACUUGCUUCAGCACAACGCCGCGCGAAUAUACCUUCUUUCCAAUAAAGAGCACCACGCAUCUGAAGCGCAAGAAGAACUCAGAAAUUGGGGCGACACAGCCAAAGUAGAAUGGCGGCAAUGUAACCUGGAAUCCUUCAAGCAAACUGAUGCGGUGGCGAAGGCUCUCGCGAAAGAGCUCACCCAGCUUGACGCACUUGUAUGCAAUGCCGGGCUCGGUGUCGGCGUCUACAACGAGACGCAAGAUGGAUUGGAUAGCCAUAUGCAGGUCAACCACUUUGCGCAAGCACAUCUGACGUUGACGCUGCUGCCGGUAUUGCAGAAAACCAAGGACUCGCGGGUUGUGCUGCAAUCGUCCGAUUUGCAUCGAGCUGCCCCUUCGUCUGUGGCAUUCGCAUCGGUGGAAGAAAUGAAUCAGGAUAUCGGUGCGAUGUUGCUGUACAACCGUACUAAGCUUGCUCAGGUACUGUUUGUUCGCGAGCUCGUUAAACGUAUCAAAGCGCAGCAAUUCGGAAGUGUGACGCCGGAGCACGGUGAGCCUUGGAUCAAUGCGACACAUCCAGGUGGCGUGACGACGGACCAGCAAGAGCAGGCUGUCGAAGCCUAUGGCACACUCGGAAAGGUGGGCGUUGCUGCUGUCCGCCCGCUCAUGAAAGAUCCCGUCGCAAAAGGAUGUCGUCCAGCUCUAUUUGCGGCAACGAGCGAGGAUAUCGUCAAAGAAAAGUUGCAAGGGCAGUACAUAGUCCCUGAUAGGAAGGUGACAGACCCGUCUUCCCAAGCCAAGGACGAGAAGCUGGCUCUGGCGUUGUGGAGCCUGACCAAGAAGGUCCUGGAGGAGAAAGUUGGGUCUUUGGGUUAUACCAUGUAA